CACAUCUCACAUCUCACGCAGAACUUUGUCCCAUCCAGUCCAGGAAACCUCGAGAACCUCCCCAUUCCCCUUCCUCGGCGGCGCGGCAACCGGCGAGGCGACCAAUCGACCGAGACGCCCCUCCGCGUUGCCGACGGAUCCUCCCUCCACUCCGUACCUCCACGCCGAGCACGCGGCUCUGCCUUGUCGACUCGGAACAAGGCGUAGAGAGAGAUGGCUAGUCUAACCGGCCUCGCCGCGAACCCUAAUCCGAACAAGUCAUUCGAGAUCCUGCCCAACCCGGGUGACUCAGUCUCGAGCCUCAGCUUCAGCCCCAAGAGCAACCUGCUGGUGGCAACCUCCUGGGAUAACCAGGUGAGGUGCUGGGAGAUUGUUGGCGGGAACAGUCAGCCGAAGGCGUCCAUAUCGCAUGAUCAGCCGGUCCUCUGCUCCGCUUGGAAGGAUGAUGGAACUACUGUCUUCUCUGGAGGUUGUGACAAGCAGGUCAAAAUGUGGCCUCUGCUGUCAGGUGGUCAGCCUCAGACAGUUGCGAUGCAUGAUGCGCCCGUCAAGGAGAUCGCAUGGAUUCCUCAGAUGAAUCUUCUUGUCUCUGGAAGCUGGGAUAAGACUCUAAGGUACUGGGACACGAGACAAGCAAAUCCUGUGCAUAUCCAGCAACUUCCAGAGCGUUGCUAUGCUCUUACAGUGAAUUACCCCCUUAUGAUUGUGGGAACUGCUGAUCGUAACCUUGUAGUCUUCAACUUGCAGAAUCCUCAGACGGAGUUCAAGCGUAUUCAGUCACCACUAAAAUACCAGACACGGUGCCUUGCUGCAUUCCCUGAUCAACAAGGAUUUCUGGUUGGUUCGAUAGAAGGAAGAGUUGGUGUUCAUCAUAUCGAUGAUUCACAACAAAGCAAGAAUUUCACUUUCAAAUGUCACAGGGAAGGAAAUGAUAUAUUCUCUGUCAAUUCACUGAACUUCCAUCCUGUCCAUCACACAUUUGCAACUGCUGGAUCUGAUGGUGCUUUCAACUUCUGGGAUAAGGACAGCAAGCAGAGGCUGAAGGCUUUUAGUAGAUGCCCACUUCCCAUUCCUUGCAGCACCUUCAACAGCGAUGGUUCCAUAUUUGCUUAUGCGGUCUGCUAUGAUUGGAGCCGUGGGGCCGAAAACCACAACCCUGCAGCUGCAAAGACAUCCAUCUACCUCCACAGUCCACAGGAAUCUGAGGUCAAAGGAAAGCCGCGGAUCGCGACAGGCCGGAAGUGAUUUCGUUCCAACUUGCGGGAUCUGUGUCUUUAGGCCAGUCACCAGUUUUGUUAUGCUGCCUCCUAUAGUCCUGGAAGUCUGGUUGAUGUAAAUUUCAUCGUACCUGUAGGCACUGAUGAUAGGGUUUCUGUUGCAAGUCUCGACAUGGUAGUAAUACCUGGUGUUUGCAGUGUCUAGCCUUCGAGGAAUUGUGUAUCGAGGUGGUUUUCAGUGAUGUAAAUUAUCGUGCAUAUGUUUCUAUAAUCUAUAUCGAUGGAAUUGUCAGUAUCUUUUGCAAGGUAACCCUAUCAUGGUUAAAAAGAAA